AUGCAGCCGACACAGCACCUUCUCAACUAUAUGCUACCAGUCAUUGGCAGGGCGGAGAGGAAGCUUGCUGAAUGCUUAGAUAAAGCACAAGUAGGCACAAUGUUCGCGCUACCCUGGUACCUGACCUGGUUCGGCCACAGCCUCAACAAGUACACGGACGUGGUGCGAUUGUACGACUACUUCUUGUGUGCCCCGCCGCUGUUUCCCGUGUACGUGACGGCGGCCAUCGUCUUGUACAGAGCUGAUGAAGUGUAUAACUGCGAAUGUGAUAUGGCCAUGUUGCACUGUUUGUUGUCAAGGUUACCAGAUGACUUACCUUUCGAAGACAUCUUAGUGACCGCCGAGAGGCUGUACGAAGAAAACGACCCCAUUGAUCUCGAGUCUGAGGUGCAGGCACUAGAGAGGAGAGAAGAGGAACAGCGCCGCCUGGACGAGGAGCGCUUGAAGAGGAGACGCGUGGUGGGCCGCGGCGCUGCGCACGCGUCGCUGUCGGCUCGAGUCCGCGCGUGCGUGCCGGCCGCGCUGCGCCGCCUGCCGCUGUCGCGCCGCGCCGUGUUCGCCACGGCCACGGUGCUGCUCGGCAUCUACGUGUACUACCGCCCCGACCUGCUCUUCAACAGAAGGCGCGAAAACAGUUUGGAGUUUUAA